UGGCAAACAAGAGCUUGUUAGUAACAGAGGCUUGACAUGUCGGAUAAGAUAAGAAAACGAUAAAAAUGACUAGUUAGAACUACUGAGAAUUGCGUUAGGCGUUGUAGUUGAUAGAGUAUUGUAUUCCGUUUUUAAGACGUUUCUGUCUCCGCAGCGCGCUUAUGAGAUGAGUUUUAUUUAGCAGCUCAGUGAAGAGGCUUUGAUCUCGUUGCCAUGGCAGCUGUCAUAGGCGCAGCUAAAACCGCGGGUGGCUGCAGCCUGUCCAGCGCGACACUUUAGUUCAACUAAUUAGAAAUUCUUAGCUGAUAAAAAUAAACUUUAAAAGUCUUACUGCUCGAAUGCUGAGGUGAUUUGAUUUAGGCUGCUCAACACUGAAGCCUCGAAUGCUGCGGAUGGUGAUUUGUUAUGGAGGAAUUUGUUAGUGUUUUUCCUGAUAUUCAAUCGCAAUAGCAUACCUUCUAAACUGUAGCCUACAUGAACCUAUAGCUGUUUUGGAAUCACUCCAAGAAUGUCGCAAAGUUCGUAUGGCCGAAUGUGGGCUGCUGCUCAGGGCGCCCUGGAAAACCUUUUGGAGGAUGAAUAUCCCACGAUGCAACUCCGUCCUCAAAAGGAUCGUCUGCAGGUCUUUCAGACGCUGGCCACUUUCUACCUGCGCUACCUGAAGAUAUUCCGUUCUCUGGAGGAGGUUUAUGAUCAGAUCUUUCACCCGCAGAAGAGAUGUGUGGUGCAUCACGUUCUUGAGGGGGUGAUGGGGAGACUUGUAGAGCUGAAAAAUGAGAUGGUGGAGCUGGAGUACUCAGAGUUUCACUACUUUGAUGACAUUUUGCAGGACUUCAAGAUGACGCCUGAGGAUCUUGAGGUGCCUAUUCCACAUUAUUUUGUGAGGGAGAGAAUGCGGGCACUCAAGGAGAGAGAAAAGAUGCUGGCUCAUAUUUUGACGUCUGGAGGGCAUCAGGAACAUAAAACAGUGACAGUUCAGUCCAUGUCUAUGGAGCGAGCCGUGUGGUUGCUGCAGGUCAGCGAGCGAGCUCGGCAGGGAAGACUGAGAGCUCAUUUCAUGAAGAAGAUUCAUGAGGAAGAGCAAAGAAGACAAAAUGGGGAAAGUUCUAUUAUGCCGGACCCUGACCUGGCAGCCACAUGCAUUCAGAAGGUGUGGCGAGGGUAUCGAGACAGGAAGAAAGUCAACAAGGAACGUCUUGAGGAGAUGAUAUUUCUAGGAAUGAUACCAGCCCAGCAAAUGACACCUAGCCCUGCCCAUUUGCGUGCCCAGCAGGUGAAAGACAAUAGGCACAGGGUGCAAGAGGAACAUGAGAUUGAGUACCAGAAAGCCCUGGUUAACAUUAAAGAGUCUGUGCAGACUGUGGAUGGACCAAAUAUGAAGGAAACCCUGCAAGAACAAAUUCGCCAGUGGUUUAUUGAGUGUCGAGAUGCUACAGGGAAGUUCCCUGACUUUCCAAGCGCUGAGGAUGGAGGAUCGGCGUCCAUAUUUGCUCAGAAGACACCAGAACAGGUGGCUGCUGAACUCGCUGCUAAAGAAGCAGAGAGGGAGAAGAAGAAAAAGUCUAAAGGAGAGAAGGACAAAAAAGGGAAUGACCGCAAAGAGAAGAAGAAAGAGAAGAAAGGGAAGAUGAAAGGAAAAAAGGGGAAAGGAGAUGCAGAGACCUUCCGCGAGGAAAAACUGUUUACAUUCGGUUUUAAGGAGGAGGAGCAGGGAUGGAAGAUGACUCCCAGUAACUUCCUUCCUACGGUAGUCGAGGGAACAAAGCUGUACAAUGAGGUUUGGCAUAACCGGGAUGAGAAACAGAACUUCCUUCAGCGUUUCGAUGCUCAGUUGGUGCGAGAGGAGAAGAGAUUGGAGGUUGAAGAGGAGCUCAGAGUUCAGGUGGAUGAAAUAAUGAGGCAGGAACUAAAGAACCUCAAGCUGGUCGUAGACAGGGAUAAGGGGAAGAAAAAGAAAAAAGGAAAGAAAAGCAGUAAAAAGAAGAAGAAGAAAGGAAGGAAGACUGGAAAAAAGAAGAAAAAGGAGAAAGAUCUAACAGCUGACAGGACAAUAGAAUCCCUUUAUGAGGAACUUGUUGUGGAAGGAAUCAUAAUUAGACCAAUGAAUGUCAAGUUAUCAGACUACAUAGGCGAGUACAGUUACCUGGGGACUACCCUGCGGCAAGCAGACAUUGAGCCCAUGCCAUCACUCUCUGACAUCAGACAGCUCAUUGCACUUUAUGGCAUCCUGCCUCUGGGUUCUCAGUGUGUCCAUGAGAGAGGACCACUGAUCCGCUCACUGCUGCUUGCUGGCCCUGCAGGUGUGGGGAAAAAGAUGUUGGUUCAUGCCCUGUGCACAGAGACUGGGGCGAACCUAUUCAACCUCUCUGCUACAGCCCUGGCUGGCAAAUAUCCAGGCAAAAGUGGACUGCAGUAUCUCCUGCAUGUUGUUUUCAAGGUGGCUCGGCAGCUGCAGCCCUCGGUCAUUUGGAUAGGAGAUGCUGAAAAAACAUUUUACAAGAAAGUUCCAAAGUUGGAGAAAGAGAUGGAACCAAAACGACUGAAAAAAACUCUUCCAAAGGUCCUGAAAUCUAUUAAGCCAGAAGACCGUGUUUUGGUUGUGGGAACGACUCGUAGACCAUUUGAUGCAGACAUCAAACCUUUCUGCAAAGUUUACAAGAAGAUCAUUUUGAUCCCUAGACCCGAUUAUGCCUCAAGACUUACUCUGUGGAAAGAGCUGCUCCAAGCAAGAGGUGCUCAGCUGGGUCCCAAACUGGACCUGAGCUCUUUAGCUAAGGUCACUGAUGGUUACACACAGAGUCAUAUCCUUCAGGCAAUCCAAACUGUACUGAGCUCUCACCGCCUGGACCAGCAGACCAAGAAACCUCUCACUGCUGUGGAGUUUAUCCCCCCUCUUGCAAGGCAAGAUCCUGUUUACAAAGAAGAGGAGGAGACCUUUAAGGCAUGGUACAGUCGGUCACCUCUGGGCAAAAAACGUGCGAGAGCAGCAAGAGCCAGUGAAGAGGAAGCGGAUCUGAAGAAAGGAAAGAAGAAAGGAGGGAAGAUCCAGAAGAAAGGAAAGGAUGGGAAGGGUAAAAUGAAGAAAAAGAAGAAGAAGUGAAGAAGGGCCUUUUUGGAUGGAGCUCAUGCAAUUCAGUUAAAUGUUUACAUCAAUGUUGAAAAGAAUAAUCGUCUUUCAUAUCCUGACAGAAAAUAUGGCAGCGGUUUGUGUUUUGACCAGCAGAGGGCACUAGAACGUCAUUCCAUGUGGAGUCCAAAGGCAACUACCAAAAUGAAAUGUUUACUGAGUUGUUUUCCCAAACUAUUACAUUUUAAAGUCUCCAUAUAUUCUCCAUAUAUUACCAUAUAUUUUCACAGUUAAAUAUGCAAAUACUCUUAAAGGAAUAGUUCACUUAAAAAUGAAAAUGUGCUACAUGAAAAUGUACUACAUCCGUACCAUCCCAACCCACAAAGAUCGAAAAAAUUAUGAGGUGAGGUGGUAUUGCACAUACAGGCAUCUUCAGCACAAGACCGCUAUCUUAAAUAACAAAUCAGUUUUUAGUGGAGAGUGCCAACCAUAUGUAAAUAUGUAGGUAAUUUCUGUGCAAUGUAGCAGUACAUGUACAGUUACUGAAAGAAUAUACCUAUCUACGCGCAUAUGCGUCAGUGCUCGUUUCAGAGCGAUGCACCUGACAGCAGGGGAGGUUUAACAAUACCCGUUUAAAUUCAUAGUGAGAGAAGCUCAUUUUGCACUUAAAUGUGAUAAAAAAUGUGCACUUUUGUUUGCACUGUUCAUAAAAAUGUUAAACAAAGAACAAAACCUCUCUACAUAGGCUACAACUCUACACGCAUGAUAGCCGAGUUAAUCAAAACCUGUACUUUUCAUUGCACAUUAGGCCUAAAUUACCGAGUUUGAUAAAAAGUUAAAAUUACUAAAAAAGAUUGUACACAAAUAAGCAAAGUUAGGUAGGCGAAUGUAAAGGCUAACCUGUCAUAAUGACCCAUGACCCGUUUUUUUAUAAUAGACAGUGACCAACAAAUAAUGUCUCAUAUUACUACACGAGACCACUCACAGCUAUAUUGUAUUAAAAAAUAGAAAACAAUAGAACCCUGCCCAAAACACAAUAGAAAAUGUAAUGAAUUUAUUAGUUGUAAUGGGAAUUUUGUAAUGGUUUUAAUGCAAAUUAACUAAUGGUUUAUAAUGGUAUGGAAGCCAUUAGAUUUUCUAUUGUAUUUUGAGCAGAGUUCUAUUACUAUGUAAUAGAAUUUAAUGUGCAAUGAAAAGUACAAGUUUUGAUUAACUCAGCUUGUUUUUAUAAACACGGCUAUUAUCACGUAUGUAGAGUUGUAUGUAGAAGUGUUUUGUGUUCUAUGUUUAACAUUUGUACAAACAGUGCAAAGAAAAAGCG